CUUUCAGACCCAGCGAAAGCAACUAUAUACAAGUUCCGAGCACCCUCCGUGUCUGCUGCCAAGUCCUGGAUUUCCAACCUUCAGCAGGCUCUGACAGAAAACACUCAGAGACCCCCAGAGAACCUCAUUACUUUCGAGUAACGGUGCAGUUGGUCUGGGAUCAGUGUUUAAGAGAUGUUUGUUUUUCAUGACUGAGGAAGAGGAGGAGGAGGAGGAGGUGUCAAGAAGUUUCACGCACAGGUCCAUACCUCAAGUACUCAGCAAUGCAGACUAGAAAAACUGUCCAUAAGAAUUGGCUGGGGAAAGCUCAAUAUGUGUGUGAUUCAGUGGUUGUAUAGCAUUGAAAUAAAGAGACAGAGGAAACUUAGGAACCUCAUCUGAAAGCCAAAAGAAUAUAACUUGUGUCUAAAGUAAGACAGGUGUUAAAAACUUGAAAAAUAGUUAAAUAACUGUUCUGUGGAAAAAAAGACGUGGUUCUAUGUGCAAAAAAUAUAAGACAUAUACCAAAAUCCCCCACAUAUUUGAAUUUAAAAGGAAAAAAAAGGGAGAAAAAAGACAGGAAAGAGAGAAAGAAAAAUUUCCCUCUCUCUUGUACACUUAUCCUGCAUAAACAAUAAAACCUGGGGAGGAAAAAGUGUCUUGUGUAAUAAGUGUGAAGAAGAAGGAGAAGAAAUGAAAUCACUAUUGCCUCAGUUCUUGCCUUUUAACCAUUGACAAUGUCCAAAAAAAAGUCUAACGUUAAGUCACAUUCAGCCCUUUGCUUUGGGUGUCUCUUAGCCCUUCAGAAUGAGGCUUGUGAACAAUUGUCAUCACAGCAGCUCCUAGUCGUGAAAUACCUGCAGAUUACUAUGUAUAUACUGAUACUUGAACCACAUUCGUUAUGCCAUAAGGAAGUGUCUUCAACCAGGACAUUUGUAUGGUUUCACUAUAUCCAAACCUGGGUAGGCCUGCUGCGGAGUUUUAUUUUUAAUUUUGUUUCCCCAGGUUACUUCAGCCUUUACCCUCUGUCCCCCCCCCGUUUACCCCACACCUACAGUCCAUGCCAUAGAUGGUGCUGCAUCGUAACUGUCACUGACAUGAACAGAAGUCUAGUCUGUAUAUUACAAUCUACUGCCAAAGGAAUUAGGGUGGGAUGUGCAAAGCAAGUUGUACAUAUAAAAACAACAGGGAAAAGGGAAAAAAUAUGUAUGAAAGAGGACACAUUUUUAUUGCAAGGGUAUUUGAUUUUUUUCAUUAUUAUUAUUUAUCUUUUGAUCAGUUUCUAAAGAUGUCCUAAACUGUGAGGAAAGGAGUUUUUAUUGAUGCCGGGUAAAAAAUUUUGACUUGGAAAAAUUAAAGAAGUAAAAUGAAAAGGUUAGAUGGAAUACACACGUCAUGCAGUAGUAAUAAAGAUUAAGGUCUGGGAAUAUUCAAUGGUGAAUUUUUUUCUUUUUGUUUCCUUUUUUUUCUUUUACCUAUUAAGUCUUGUCAUUGAGUUAUUUACGUAAAGCCAGUUCAAACAAAAUCAUCAGUUGAAAUAAAUUGCUCACAGUUUCAGGAGAAUAUUUUUAGGUAUUAUAUGGAGAACUUAAAAGAGGAUUUCUUAUAUGACUGAAAAGAUUGCCUAUGUAUCGUUUUUGCAUUAUUUGGAAUGUAUGUAUGGCUAUGCACAUGCAUACAAACAAACGCAAACAAAUAAAUAAACACAGACAUAUGCUUGAGUUUUUGCACAUAUACAUUUUUAUGUACUAUAUGUAUUCACAUAUAAAUGCACACACACUCUCAAACACAUGUACAGUAAAGGGACAGACACUCGUCCCUUCCCUACACACAUGCAAAGAAAUAUCUACAAAUGUUUAUCUAUAUAGGUAUGUCUGCUUUAUAAAUAAUAGAUGCUGUGUGGAGCAGAUGGUUAAAAUCACAGGUCUUCAUCAGUUCCUUUUUACAUAAAAAAAAGAAAAAAAAGAACAAAAAUAAGAUGAAGGAAUGAAGUCAAAGAAAAUCUGACCUGCGAGUUUGCUGCUACCAACUCACAGGAUGCAGGGUUCAUCCUGAUGGCCCAUUAGUUUUGCAAACAAAGUCAAGAUGCUUUGCUGUAUUGCUAUAAACAAAUGGGCUGAAGUGACAAGGUCAGCUUCAGUCAUGUCAUUGCAUAGCAUCAAAAGAAUGAAUAUUCCACUUUUAUCCACAUUUCUAUGAAUCACUAUUGGCAGCGAUGAGGUUGCUGUUUCACACGUGCGCAGAGGCAUAUGCACAUGCACACACACAUACACACACACACAGACAAGUAUGCAUAUAUUAUCAAGGAAAAGUAAUAAGAAAUGUUAUUUUUUAUCCUUUUUUAAAUUGUGUAUUGGAUAUAAGCCACAUUGCAUUGCAUCGUGUAUAAAAAUUUCCCAAAUUUAAGAUCCCUCUGAUCGGGAAACUGACCUCGGGGAAGGAAAGAGGGACUUAAAAUGAUACCAAAUUGAAUGCUUUAAAGAGUCUGACAAUAAACUCAAGAAAUCAGCUUCUUAGCAAACUCUUAGAUAUAAGAUUGUAGAGGUGUAUAAGCAUGUGUACGUGAUGAUGUUGGCACAAUGCUUCCAAUAAGUUCAAGAAGGCGGCAAGUGAUACUCAGCAUCACAAUAGCAGUAGACUUGUCAAAGUUGUCGUCAUUGUUAGCUUCCAAAACACACCAUAGGAAGAAGUAGUAUAAAAACAUGUUUCUACAUAAACAACCAAAGAUUAAGAGGGCUUUUGAUUUUCUUUUUAUCAUUAUCAUUUUAUUUUAUUUUGUGGAAGAACACACCAUUCACAAACAAUUUAGGUACAGUAACUUAUUUCCUGGUGCAUCAUAUUGCAACACUCGAUCUUGUUGUACUUGUACACACUUUGAUUUGAUUUUAGGCUGUGAAAUAUAUAAUGUAAAGUUUUUGAUGUGCAACCCUGUCUAGUGCUGUGUGGAUGAGUGGUUCCUGAUGAAAUGUUUACAUAGGAAAUUCCUAACUAGUAACUAAGCAAAUCGAAGUGAAUUUUUUCCUCUUUUUUAAUAAACAGACCAAAUAUAUAUCAGCAAUUUUGAUGUUUCAUAGUAUUUGCAAAGUGUUUUUUAAUGUCAAUAAGGAUUGUGAUGGUCCUUAAGCAACACUGUAAAAGACUUGCCAUUUCUGGAAAAUCUUAAAUACUCAUUCCAAACUCUAUUAAGUGAUGUGCAAAACCCAGUAUUAUUAUUGUUGUUCAUGUUUAUGAUUUACACAUAUAUCUUUUGUAUAUAUAUAUACAUACAGUAUUUGCACAGGUGAUUUUUCAUAACAUUACUCUUUUAAUGUAUAGAUUUGGUCAAAAAGAAAAGAGAGAGAGAGAGAGAGAGAGAGAGAAAGAAAGAAAGAAAAUGAAUUAAUUGUAUUGCUUCCAGUAUGUUGCUAGACACAAAAAUAUUUAGCUUAAGCAGUUAGUAAUGGCAAAUGAAAAAUGACAUGAAAAUGUGCACAUGUAACAUAUCGCAUGCUUUUACAUAUACUUGUAACAUAUUGAUUUCAAUAUGAACUCCGCUGCGAGAUGUGUUCAGAAGUUAGUGGACACAGAUUAUGAAGAGCGGUCAUAAUUUACUGAAUAAUGAGUGCUCUUAAGUUUGUAGCAAUAAAAUAUUGAUCUUUGUGCA